UUCUUUAUUAUGCAUAAAACAUAAAACCACUUAAAAGGAUUGAUUACUUUAUCUAUGAAUGUAAAUAAGUGUCAAGCUUGUGUCAAGUUAACCCAAUAUUCCACUGAGCAAGUAAACUAUCAAUAUUCUAUGCAGAACAAUUCGACAUCAGUAUUUUAAUUGGUUACGUACAAUAAUAAAUAACCAAAAAAAUUGUAUUGGCCACCAUUCAAUAUGACCGAAACAGAUGCUACUCGAAAACCAUUAACAAUGCCUGAAAUAUUUAUACCAUACUUGGAGAAGUACAGGAUUUAUAAAGCCUUCAAGGACAUGGUCGAAGACCUCGUGCUGACUUUGCCUAAGGACCAUUUAAAGCAAAUCAAAAUAUUUUUAGGGCGCCAUUUGCAUAGCACCAAGGACAUAGAUAGGAUUAUGAUACUUGUAUCUCCAGAAUUAAAGAUUGAUAUCAAGUCUUUGGUAAAAGAGUUAAUCAAAGAUUUGGGAUAUAUAGUCAUCACAAGGAGAUGUGUUUUGGAUCGUUAUCAAAAGCGCGAAGACUACGUGCCCGAGUGCAUCUCUCCGGUGAUUAUGUCCGAGGUCACCAAAGCGCUCGCCAACAAGGAGCCGGUGGCUCAAGCGGGAUGGCUCAUGUUUGAUCAUCCGUGCACGUUACGCGAGGCGCGCUGCUUGCAACAAGACGGGGUACUACCGACGGUGACCCUGGCGCUCACGCCCACGCCGCCGCAAGCACCGAGAGCGGAGAAUCCUCUCACUGCCAAAAGGGACUUUUUCCAACAAGACUUCGAAGGGCUCAAGUAUGCGUACAAGGCGACGCUAAAGGAAGUUCAUAUUGAACCCGAAGACGAUACACUAAAGAUAUCAUUGAAAUGCUGCAAUGCGAUUCGCGCUUGUGCCUCAGGUCUUCAGGGUCCAUUCCAGGGUUACCACGUGGUAGGCGCGCCGGGCGUGUACCGCGUGCUGUUGCUGGGCCCGCCCGGCUGCGGCCGCUCCACGCAAGGCUCCCAGCUGGCGAAACAUUUUGGAAUUACUCACGUAAAUUUUAACGACCUGUACAACGAAGCGUUACAGAGGAACGAUGAAGUCGGAGAAAAGUUGCGCAAUUUCGGACCCAGCGUGCUUCUGAAGGCUGAAAUUAUAAAACGACGCAUUAUGAAAAAGGACUGUAUUGAACUUGGCUGGGUGAUGAGUGGUUACCCAACCAAUGGAAUGGAUUUUGAGAACCUAGAUAACAUGGCGACUCCACCCAAUAGAGUGAUCUUCAUGGACGCUAGCUGGGAGACCUGCAAGAAGCGGCUGAAGGAGCGCACAGUGGAUUGGUGUACCGGCGAACCCGCCGCGCCCGGCUCCAACCCGCGUGUGCUGUCGCAUCCCGUCAAAACAGAAUCCAACAUAGAUAUGGAGUUGGACUUUUACUUUUCUGAAGCUUUGGCCGAAUUACGUGCAGCCGCUGGCAUCACCGCAGUGGAAGUCAACGCAAACGAGUCGUUUGGUAAUAUAAAAAAUUUAUACAAAAUUAAUCUAUGACGACUGACGAUAAAUGUAUUAGACUGUAGGGCCGCGUAACUUAUUGAAUAUCUCGUUAUCAGCCCUCACCGAAACAAAUAUAAUUUAUGUACGCUCGAUUAGUUCUCGCAUUUUUUUUAGGUCAAUGACCCCUUUGUUUCCAGAUUACGUACAGGUGAAGCUCCAAGCAGCGGUCAUUGCCGCGCCUGCUUUUGACAUAGAAAGCUGUGCUCAACUGAAGAAUGUACGAGCAGACUAAUUUAAAACAUUCUUAUUUAAUUUAUCAGUCUUUACUUUUUUUAGCGAAUUGGUAAUGGAAAUAAAAAAUAAACAAGUUUCAUAGAAAAUCUUUUUUUAUU